GCUGUCAAUGAUUUUGAGUUGACUACUUCACAUUAAUUCUACAUCACCUACACCUCAGACCUAACACAACAAAAAAAAAAAAACAAUGGUAAAACAACCAGCAGCCCCCCAGAACACCCCAAAAUCGGAAGAGAUUCGAAAAACCGUUCGUUCACUAUCAAAAUUCAGCAAUACCUCGAACGAGAAGCAAAAGCCUUCGAAAAAUGGUAAACACUCAGACAGAAUGAGGAGAAGGAGUUUGCCAGGCAGUAAUUCCAGUAAAAUUUCUGAUCUAUUGGCGAUAAAAUCCUCCACGGAUAUCAAUCAGGUGCACUGCUCCUGCGAGAGGCUUCACAACGAACUGUUCAUGUUCGUCAACGACUUCAUAGGUUCUCAAGAGUAUCAAGAUUAUCUGGAUUUCAAAAGGUCAAUAAUAAGGAAGGAUAAAAUAAUUCAGUGUGACAGUAAAGAUUUUGAAGAGGUAGUGGAUGUUCCAGUUCCAGAAAAAAAGAAGAAGAUUGAUAGGCUGAGAAUACUGAGUCGAAAAGCUUUGAGAGUUUUCUUCCUAGAGGCUCAGAUCGAGAAGUAUUUGAAUGAUUUAAAGAAUGCGGAAAUAGUGAAGAAACAAGAAGAAACCAUCGCCACAAUAAGGAUGAAGAUUGCUGAAGUGAAAGAAAUCUUCUUUUGUCAGAGAGAGAAGAAACUGCAAAAGAAAAUGGAAAGGGAACAGACAUUGCUUACUUACUUUAUGUGUCGUCAUCAAAUAGAUAUUUCUAAGUUGAUAUCAACGAAUAGACUGGACAGAGUAAUUUUGGAUAUCGAAAGGAAAAUGAGGAUCAAGAGGAGGCGUCAUAAGAACAACAUAAGAAGUAUUAUGGAGAAAUUAUUAAAAGAAUACCAUAACAACAGAAAACAGAGGAGGAAAUUACAGAAAAUGUAUACCAGGAAGGAAAAAGACAAAAUGGACGAUAAAGUAUUAGUUCACAUAAAGGGCAGACAAAAUUCCAAUAUAAUAAUAUCAUCAGUGCACAAUGUUCGUGAAAGGAAUUUAGUGAAGGAAGCCUUCGAAGAGGCAGGAAUUUGCUUGAAAGAAGAAGAUAUAACAAUUUCUGGACAACAAGGUUUCUGUGAUAAAGCCUGUGUAACUGAUAUUCCUUACGAAACCAGCGAUAAGAGCAUGCAGGAAAGUUUGGAGAAGAACAUUUCGUUUCAAUUUUCCCAAGAGCAAAUAUUCAAAAUGAGGCUUGACGAGAAUGCCAAACAGAAACUAGGGAAAAUUCAAUCAUUUAUUGAAUUCGAGGACCUUUUGGAAGCUCGACAUUUCUUCUGUACCUGUGAAAAAGAAAGGAAAGAAAACGAAGAAAAGGAAAUAGAUUAUCCUGACGAUGAAUCGAUAUUUUCAAAUCCUGAUCACAUCAGUUUCAAGAACUUUACAGUCGGUAAGAUCUACUACAAAAAAUUGGUCCUGCGAAAUAAGACUGGGAGUCCAGUGAAAAUAAGGUUCUUCAAAUUUUACUUCGAGGAUAUAAAAUAUAAAAUUUACUUCGAGAUUGACCCCGACGAAAUGAAGAUUGCACUUCCUGGUUUACCAGUGAACUUGAUAGUGAAAUUUCGGGCCAUCAAAACUUCUGACGUUAUACGUGGCAAACUGGUCUUCCUGACUUGUUACAAGUCCACCUAUUAUAGGUUUAUAAUAACCAUUGAAUGCAUUCCUGCAACUUCUGAUGUAAUAUUAGAACCACGAACAGUAUCUUUUGGAAGAAUACCUUUAUGGAAAUUCCACAAGAGCAUACCUCAAAUAACCAGACUCAUUAAGGUCAAAUGUCUGGACAAAAGCCCACAUAAAAUCAGUAUAAAAAGAGUGGAAGAUCCCCUAGAUCUUGACACUCUUAAGUACGAUCUAUCUUCUUCAACCUCCGAAGAGUCAGAUGAAGGGAAGAAGUCCCCCGAUCAGUUAGAAAUGGAAUUAAUUAUAAGAGAUAUCCUUAAAGAGGUAGACAGCCGAUUUCGCUUUGACAGGCUAUUCAUGGUCCUUGAUCGCCAAUCUGGGGAAAAACAUCUUAAGAUCUCGCUGACCCAAAUUCAGCAUCCCGGGUUUUACUUCGAGAAGUACCAGAUGGACGUGUAUAAGGUACUUGAGGAAGAAGAUGAAUACGAAGGGAUGCAGGAAAUCAACAUCACACUUGAAGUGGAAGAUCAUUUCAUCAAAUGUGAUCCUGUAUGUAUAGAUUUUGGGAUAUGCUUUUAUGGUACUGCAUAUCAGGCUGCAUUCAACAUCAGCAAUACAUCCACAAGUUCAAAAUUUGUCACUGUGAGGAUUCCUAGUUUGAUAAACUAUUACGUUUCAUUGAAUGACAGCAACAUCGUUCUGAAAUCUGGAGAGACUAGAAGAGUGGCUAUCAAGCUAUUACCCAGCCAUGACCUCGUGUUGGAAAAAUGCAAGUACUUCGAUUCCGACACCUUCAUCCUGUAUUUUCCAAUUGAAAUCAAAUUGAAUGAUAGGAAGUACCUGAGCGCGCCAUCUAUCAUGGAACAUUGUUACGCCAUUGUGAACGACUGCUCUGAUUUGACUGUAGAUCCGCCCAGAGAGCACUAUGAGAUGUUUGAUGGACAUAUGGUACUUGACAUGGGGACAUGCUCUGUGAGCGAAGCAGUUGUCGCUCAGAUUAUUGUUAGAAACUCGUCAUACUCCAAGAGAUACUACGGAUUCACGAAUUUGCCAAGGUUCAUAACCAUCAUGCCUAACUAUGGCUUCGGAUGUAUCAACGCAUUUCAAGAAAUCAUACUCAACAUUUUCAUCCAUCCCCAAGUUGUUGAUAUCGAAACUUCGCUUAAAAACAAAGACAAAUUUUUCCUCGCUAGAGAGUGCACCAUCGUAGUCGACACAGUUGCAAAUCUAGGAAAAUACAGAAGGAAACCUAGCAUGAACCGUCUUUUGAAACUGAUGAGACUCAUGAUCCAAGAGAUGAGACGACUAACAGACAUCGAACUUCUAGAGGAUAUCUUCGAAACCAAGUCAAUUAUUCGCCAAGAAAUUAAUCUGUGUACUUGUUCUAAUGCCCAACUGGUGAAAUCUCAAUCUAAUGUGACAGUGGAACUAUUGGGAGAAGAUACAGAAUUGAAGAAAGAAGAAUCUGAAGCAAAUUCUAAUUUGAACCUUCAAGAGUCUCAAACUCACGGCAGUAAAACAAGUCAUCACCAUCACAAAAAGAAACUUAAUCAUACUACGAGCAAAGAACUCAUCAAACAACAUAGUGAUUACCAGGAUCUUGGUGUCGAGAAUCCAAUUGGUAGUAUCCAUUCUGGAACUAAACACCUUCGUAGAUCGUUGAAGAGUAAGAUCUCAUCUGAGUUAUCGCUGACUCAAAUCCCCGAAGAAGUCCCGAAGGAACCGACUGAAAUCGAUCUGGAGCAGAGGCCUUCUCUACUCCAGAAAAAGGCGGUGAAUCAAUUCGAUCUGGAACCCCGAAUUACGGUGCCAAUGAAUUCUCUGGUGAACUUAGCAGAAACCUUGUCCAGGGAGUUGCGUUUGAGGAUGGUUUUCGUGAAACCCUUGUACGAAUUUUCCUUCAACUACUUGGAGUUUCCUGUUACACCAGGUGGAUCUUAUUCGAUUACAACAACUGAGCUACGUCCUCUUAAGUACGACAGAAAAGGUUGCAGUCCAGAUAAAGAUGAGAAAGCACCAAAUUACAGAGCAACGUUCAGGAUAGCUGGCAGUACUGAAGAGAUGAAGAUAGAGCCAAUGUACGGCAUCCUGAAAUCUGGGGAGUCUAUAAAACUGACUCUGGUAGCAACACCGAAAAUGAACGAAGAAGUAAUUGCUGCCUGUGCUUAUGAAGAUAAGAAGAAAAUGUUGUACGAAGCAAAAAUGAUUGAAGAAUUGAGAAAGAGAGAAGAGGCUUUAGCACGUAAAACUAAGAAGUCUAAAACUAAAGUGGGACCUAAAACUGGAAAAAAGAAAGAGAAGAGUAUGAUGGAAGUCGAAGCAACAAAAGUUGAAGAUGAAGAAAUAAACAUAGAAAUAUCCUCUGAGGAAGUGCAGGUAGAAUAUUCAGACCUCUAUCCAGCGGAACUGACUCUAUGGCGUAGUAUUGAGCCUUAUAUACUCGAAAAUAACUUCGUUUGCCACGUCGAAUAUGAGAUGGAUGAACCAUGGUCCCAUGAGCCAGAUACAUUUUCUCUGAAGGCUGUGUGCAAAGUUAUCAGUCCUGAUUUCAUACACGAUCAGAAUUCUCAACGUUUGGACUUUGGACAUGUGGCUUUAGGCGAUAGCAGAAAAAAGAUCAUAACAAUUCAAAACUUAAGAUAUCAUGAUAUAAACGUAACAACCAGUAUACUCAGACCUGAAGGAGGUUUCUUCUGUCCGAAUUUUGAUUCUGUGCAGUUACCAAGCGAAUGUUUCUUGAAAAUUCCCAUAACCUAUAAACCUCAGGAAGAAGAAUCGGUGAUAGAAUAUAUGGAGAUAAGAGCGGAAAGAACAGUUUAUCAAUUUCUACUAUCAGCAGAGGCAGCUUCUCCAAAUGUUCGUAUGGAGCCAUCAUCAAAAGUUUUUCGGGUUUCUGCCAAGAAAGGCAAGAUCUUGGAUAUUCCCUUAGAGAUAGUCAAUGACUCUUGUCAACCAGUAGAGGUAUAUUUGGAGAAAGUCAUCGAAUUGGAAGGUAGGAUGAUUCGUACACCAUCUCAGUUGAAAUCGAAGAGUAGGACUAUCAAAAAAGGAGGGGAAAACAAAGACGCCGAUGGUAAGGCGUCUGAUGGAACUACAAAGAAGAGAGUCAGUUUCUCUGAUGAGCUCACAGAUAAAGAGAUAAAUUCCAUUGAAAAUGACUUUUCAAUUAAUACAGGAUCUCCAUACUUCCAAUUACCAGGAGGAGAAGAAAGGAUAAUCCUCCAAGAGUCUUCGAAAAAGACCAUCAAGAUACUAUUCGGUCCAAGCUGCUGCGACACACCCAAGUCUGCAUCCAACUUGAGGAAGAAAUCUAAGAAACCGAGUAUAGUCGAUGUUGAUGAUGACGACAUCGGAAAAACCUUUGUCACAAAAUUCAACCUUUUGAUUGGAUCUUCGAACUUGCUAAGGGACGUAAUCAUUUUAGGAGAUAUAAAAUGACUGGCCUGUAGGAAACCAGAAUUUGGGGCUGUGAACGAUCCUAGUUUGAACACUUUUUAUGAACCACUGCGUUUUAUGACUUUUGUCAAUAUAUAUCACUUUUAUAUUGUAUAAUAAAAACUCCAAGUAA